AUGUCUGAAAUGCAGAAUUCGAACCCGACCAUAAUCAAUAGCGCCGACCUCCCUACACGCCUUCGGCGCACUGUUCCUCACAAGAGUAGCGCAUAUGGAAGCGAUUUCUUCGCAUCGGCGCUUCCCUCACUUGCGGUCGACACUCUAUCUGACUACUCACCGUCGUCUUCGGGAUCUGACAGUGACGAUGAUCUGAUGGAAGAGCCUAUAGACGAGCAAGAAAUUUAUGAUCUUAUCUCAACCAUAUCUGAUCCCGAACAUCCCAUCUCCCUGGGGGCUUUGGCAGUAGUGUCGCUCCCGGACAUUUCCGUCAAGCCCGCUCUGCCGGGUGUACCGGAUUCGCCUCUUCGCACUGUCACUGUUCUUAUUACACCGACCAUCACACACUGCAGUCUUGCCACUGUUAUAGGUCUUGGUGUUCGCGUGCGACUUGAACAAUCACUCCCACCACGAUUCCGUGUGGACGUGCAGAUUAAAGAGGGGACACAUAGCACCGCUGAUGAGGUGAACAAACAACUUGCUGAUAAGGAAAGAGUGGCUGCAGCACUCGAAAACGGUACGCUCAUGGGUGUUAUCGCAAAGAUGCUUGAGACGUGUCAGUGA